AUGAAGGAAGUGGUCAGGGCUGAGGUAUUGAAGUUGCUCGACGCAGGUAUCAUCUAUCCAAUAUCAGAUAGUGCUUGGAUCAGUGUAGUACAAGUUGUUCCCAAGAAAAGGGGUAUUACGGUGAUUGAAAACGAGAAAAAUGAGUUGAUUCCUACACGAACUGUGAUUGGAUGGAGAGUUUGCAUUGAUUACCGUAAACUAAACGCCGCUACUCGAAAGGAUCACUUCCCAUUACCGUUCAUUGAUCAGAUGCUGGAGAGACUAACAGGGCAUUCGCAUUAUUGUUUUCUGGAUGGAUAUUCCGGGUAUAAUCAGAUUCCACGCUACAUGAUGGCUAUCUUCUCAGAUAUGAUUGAGAAAUUCAUCGAGGUCUUCAUGGACGAUUUCUCAGUGUUCGGGUCUUCAUUUGAUGAGUGCUUGGAGCAUUUGAGUCUUGUGUUACAGCGGUGUACGGAGACUAACUUGGUAUUGAAUUGGGAGAAAUGCCACUUUAUGAUACAGGAAGGCAUCGUGCUAGGACACAUAAUCUCAGCAACGGGUAUUGAAGUGGACAGAGCAAAGAUUCAGGUGAUCGAGAAAUUACCGCUACCUACAUCCAUGAAAGGUGUUCGUAGUUUCCUCGGGCAUGCCGGUUUCUACAGAAGGUUCAUUAAGGAUUUCUCAAAUAUUACUAAACCGUUGUGCUGGCUGUUGAUGAAAGAAUCCACAUUUGAGUUCACAGAUGAGUGUCUGUUUGCUUUUAAUACCUUGAAGGAGAAGUUGAUUUCUGCACCCGUGAUCAUUACGCCAGAUUGGAAUCUGCCAUUUGAAUUAAUGUGCGACGCUAGUGAUUAUGCUGUUGGGGCUGUCUUAGGACAACGAAGAAAUAAGAUAUUUCACGUGAUUUACUAUGCAAGUAAGACCUUGAACGAAGCUCAACUCAAUUAUGCCACUACAGAAAAAGAGCUCCUUGCCGUAGUCUACGCCUUUGACAAAUUUAGGUCAUAUCUCGUGGGAUCAAAGGUCAUCGUUUAUAUAGAUGCGGAUAAGAAAGGCAGUGAAAAUGUAGUGACGGACCACUUAUCUCGACUCGAGGCCACAGAACAGACAGAAAUAGUGGAAAUCAACGAAGUCUUCCCAGAUGAACAAAUUUUUGGUUUGGGGAGGGGGGCCCUGGAUCCCAUCCUAUAUAGGCGGGGUGCAGAUCAAAUUGUUCGUCGCUGCGUACCUGAGGAAGAAGUGCCUUUGAUAUUAGAACAUUGUCAUUUAUCUACAUAUGCAGGGCAUUUUGGAAAUAUAUCCAGGAGAAAUGAAAUGCCUUUGAAUAGUAUCCUGGAGGUGGAACUAUUCGACGUCUGGAGGAUCGACUUCAUGGGGCCAUUUCCCCCAUCCUUCUCUAAUCAAUACAUAUUAGUGGCUGCGGACUACGUAUCAAAGUGGGUAGAGGCCGUUACACUGCCUACCAAUGAUGGGAAGGUGGUGAUUGAGUUUCUAAAGAAACAUAUUUUUACCCGCUUUAGAACACCGAGGACUAUAAUCAGUGACGGGGGCAAACACUUCUGCAAUCGUCAGUUCGAACAAUUGUUGGCUAAAUUUGGCGUUAAAUAUCGUGUAGCCACUGCAUAUCAUCCUCAAACCAGCGGACAGGUCGAAGUGUCCAAUAGACAAUUAAAGCGAAUACUCGAAGUCACAGUAAAUUCAUCACAAAAGGACUGGUCUAAGAAAUUGAACGACGCCUUGCUGCGGGUGAAAAACGUCUCCUACAACUUAAUGAGCUGGAUGAGCUUAGAAUGGAAGCCUACGAGAAUUCAAGAAUCUACAAAGAGCGCACUAAGAAAUGGCAUGACAUGCACAUUCCGAGACGUGAAUUUAAUGGUGGGGCAAAAAGUGCUACUCUACAACUCUAGGCUUAAGCUGUUUCCAGGAAAACUGCGAUCUGGCCGGUCUGGUCCGUAUACUAUUACACAGGUUUUUCCACAUGGGGCAGUGGAAAUCACUCACGACAGCAAGGGGACAUUCAAGGUCAAUGGACAGCGCCUGAAGCAUUAUUGGGGCGGUGAUUUUUCAAAGGAAAAGUCUACCGUUCAUCUUCGACCAUCAGAAUGA